UAAAACGUAAAUAAAAACAAAUCCAGCUGAUUACGGUCUGAUUACGAUUUUUGUGUAAUAAUUUUCGCUACAGUCACCGGAUUUACGAAACCUGGGUUUCAGCGGUAAAAUCCGGUAAAGUGACCAUGUUGCUACAUUGCUGCCGUCAGAAUGUGACGUCAACAUUUCGCUCGAUAAAUUCUUCCUUGCGAGGCAGCUUUCAGAACCGCACUUUCGGACAUCAGAAACGAAGCCGAGUGCCUCCGCCUUUCAAACACAAUGGCACCGCUAAAUCCGUGACCCCCUUCGGGUGGAUGCUGUUGUCAGUUCCGGCGGUAACUUUCGGCCUGGGCUGCUGGCAAGUCCACCGGAAGCAGUGGAAAGAGGAUCUGAUCCGGAAUCUGGAAAGCAAAAUGCGAUUGGAAUCUGUUCCACUUCCCGAUGAUUUAUCUGAGUUGGAAGAUAUGGAAUACGAGAAGGUAACAGUCCGUGGUACAUUUCUCCAUGAUCAGGAAAUGUAUUUGGGACCACGUGCUCUAAUUCAUGACGGGGACAGUAGAACUACUGGCGGUUUGUUCUCUCAACAGGAAACUUCGAUUGGAUAUCUAAUCAUAACGCCGUUCCAGCUUGAAGGACGAGAGGAUAAAAUUUUGAUAAACCGCGGUUGGGUUCCAAAGCGAUUCCUUGAUGCAAGCACCAGACCUUUGGGUCAAACGAAAGGCAUUGUUGAGUUGCAGGGGGUUGUUCGGAGACCCGAGAAUCGACCCCAGUUUACUCCGCAACAGCGGGGUGAGAUUUUCCUGUUCCGUGACGUUCCGAAAAUGGCACAGAUAGCUAAAACCGAACCGUACUUGUUGGAUGCCAGCUUUGCAGCGACCAUCACAGGUGGCCCAAUUGGUGGUCAGACCCGAGUUACCUUGAGAAAUGAACAUUUAUCGUACAUCAUCACCUGGUUCAGUUUGUCCGGUUUCACCAGCUGGCUUUGGGUUAGGUUGAUCCUCAGGGGAAAAUCGUUUUAAUAUGUUAAGUUGUUUAACGAAAUAUAAAUUCAUUCUUUAAACAUUGUUGUUGGAAAUGUCUUAGCUGAA